CCGUUGGAUUAAAUUUGGGAAAAUCUCUUGUCUGUUCAAUCGUCGCUUCCAUAAUCAUUUGAGCACAUCGAUGAUGAUGGUGGAUAAUGAUUUGCAGACACAGACACAAUUGCAGUCGGAGUUCCAGUACUGGUUUCCAGUUCUUCGCCGAUUCGGCCCUGACGAUCCCUUCUUUGCUUCUGGAAAUAUUGAACGUGAACUUCUCGCCAAACAGAUCACACUAGAUUUAAGUGAAGAGGAAAAACAAGAGAUUAGAAAUUUUGAAGACAAAGAGGUGUUGUGUCCAAUUGUUGGUUGUGGGGCAACCUUGAAAACAUUGACCGAGUUUGAAGAUCAUUACAAUGCACGCCACACUUCCUCUUGCUCUGUCUGCUCAAGAGUAUACCCCACAUCUCGCCUACUCAGCAUACACGUGUCCGAGGCACAUGAUUCCUUUUUUCAAGCAAAAGCAGCACGAGGUUAUCCCAUGUAUGAAUGCCUUGUUGAAGGGUGUGGUGUAAAGCUGAAAAGCUACAAGUCUCGGCAUCAACAUCUAAUGGACAAGCAUAAGUUUCCUUCGACAUAUGAGUUUUUGAAAAAGUCGCAUCCUUCAAAAAAAGAAAGGGUGAAGAAAUACCAACGUAAACAAAAGCAUGUGGCAGAUGAAUCAAGUGCAAUGCAAGUGGAAGAAGAGACUAUGGAUGGGCUUGUUUUAGGUGUUUCCAAGUUGACUACUUCGGAUUCGUCUCCUUCGGUUGUAAGUUUUGGUCGACGCCAUACACGUGGGUUGACGUUUCUACCUCGAUCUGUUCAACGUGAAACAAAGAAAUGAAGGUUUGUGACUUUUAGGUUUUUUGAAAGAAUAUAUUACGUGUAUGGAUCUUGAGACACUUUUGAAGGUACCUAAAUUGGGGUAGAAUCCAAUUCCAUGAAAAGUUCGAUGGAAUCCAGUCGGUGGUUAUAGUAGUGAAAAUGUGGAUUUUUUUUAUAGAUUGCUUAUAGUGUUUCUUUUGUAGGAUUGUGUUUUAUAUGAUAUGACUAUAUCACGUAUGUUAGGUGAUUGUUACCAAAACAUUGUGCACAUAUUGUUGUUUGAUGAUUUUAGUAUCACUUGUA